CAAUGGAACACCGGGAGUCACACACCUCAUUCUGAAACAAAAACGCGAUCCUCUGUCAACGUCUCGCUUCAGUUCACGCGCACAUCAGCCCUCUCAAAGGACUAGGUACGAGCGCGAGAGACGAGAGAAGCUAAAUACACCACGGGUGCUCGAGUCUUUUCAUGUCAGUUACAUGUAGCCUACUGUUCAAUACCUAUAUAGUGGUUCGCGUUUGGAUGAAUCAAAAGGCAAAUUUGAGAAGAUAAUAGAAGGAAUCAAGUGAGCAGCUCUUAGCUCUGAGCACUGAGCAGGCAUGUCCCGAAGGAAGCAGAGCAAUCCAAGGCAAUUUAAAUUUGCUGUGGAAGGGGGCCAGAUGUUUUGUGAAUUGGAGGAGAAAGUGGCACUGUCUUAUGAAGACUCUAUGGAUGAGAACCUCUCUGGUGGUGCCGAGCGCAAAAGUGUGAAAGAUGCAGAUGACUCAGGCAGCAAAGGUGAAGAAGAUGGUGGACAAUCAAAAUCACAGGUUGACGAUGGACACAGUGGGAAGUCGGACGCAAGGCCACCGAACACGGACGAGUGGGACGGACCAAGAGAGCUGGAGAUUCUCUAUGACGGUACAGAGUGGCAGACACGUUCUCGCCAGGCACUUCCUGUGGGCAUCACAUGGGGUCCUUUCGAGGGGAAGAUGGAAAUGACCACAGCAGGAAGUUACAUGAGCGCCCUGUCCGCAAAGCGGCCUGUCCCAAUGGUUCUGACUGGCGGUCCCAGGUGGCUUCAGGACAUCACCUGGCUGGCAGCAGAAGACGACAAGAACAACUGUGUAGUGUACAGUAUAGGUGGACAGCUUUGGUGCACUACAACCAAACCCAUCAUGGAAGGAGAGGAGCUAGCUGCGUUUGCUGUGGACUUCUACUCCCGUCUUCAGGCGGUCAACCAGGCAGCUCUCUCUGAGGGAAUGUACCCGGCCAGAUUGCUGGACUCCAUCCAACUAUUGCCCCAACAGGCCAACAUGGCAUCCAUACUUCCCAACGCUAUAGUCAACAAGGACAUCUUCCCUUGUAAGGCGUGUGGGAUAUGGUACCGCAGUGAGAGGAACCUGCAGGCUCAUCUGAUGUACUAUUGCAGUGGGAGACAGCGGGACUCAGUCUCAGACAUGAUGGCAGAGCAGUUAGACAGGAAGACUGGUCCCCAUCACAUGCCCAACGUAGGACCCGGCCCCUACCCACACUGCAAUUUAACUGGAUCAGUACAGCAGGCCUUGGAGAUGCACUUGAACACACACAAUGGUGUUAAGAUGGAGGAGGUGGUGUCCACUGGCAGCAGUAGUAUGAAAUGCACAGUCUGUGAACUAACAGCGGACUCCCUCCCCAGCCUCCAGCAGCACAUUCUCUCCCACCUGUCUCAGACAAGCUACCGGUGUUCCCACUGCCACUUCAGCUUCACCUCCCCCAGGGAACUGGACAAGCACCGGGAGAAUCAGGGACACAGCCACAGCCCACUCAGACAGCACGGUCCCAGGCAGGUCGAGACAGAGUACUCUCCCAGGGAGGGCAGCAGCGUGGAGAGGAGCCCCCAGCGGGCCAUGGUGAAACGGGGGAAGGAGCUCCUUCAGAGCCCAGUACUGGGUAGCAUCCUUGAUACCAGGACUAGUCCCAAUGCGGAGCUGGAGAAGAUGGAGACUUUCCCGGUGAAAGCUGACCCUAACUCAGGAAGCAGGGCUAGUUUCUCCUACACCAGUGUCAAAUCGGAACCCUCCAGCCCUCGCCAGGCAUCCUCACCCAUCCAGAACUACAUGGGCCCCGCAGCUUUCCCAAUGGGGCCAUUCUUACCCCCUUUCCCCUUCUCACAGGACAUAACAGCCGCCCCCCAGGCCUCGGAGAUCCUGGCUAAGAUGUCCGAGCUGGUGCACCGUAGACUGAGGCAUGGAGAUGCUAACAACUACCCCCCUCAUGUCAUGUACAGCACCCUUGUCCCCAAAGGGGCCACGUGUUUCAAAUGCAAUAUCACUUUCGGUAACUUGGACAACUACUUAGUUCAUAAAAAGGACUACUGUAAUAGCCGUUGGCAGCACGUGACCAAGCCACAUGACUACGCCAGUGUCCUGGACAAAGUGGCUGAUACAGGGAGCCCUAAAAGUGGGGGUUUGGGUGGGUUGGGCAGCAUGACCAUGGGUCAGGGUCAUCUAUCUGACCACAACAGUCAUCUCAUGUCCCCCCGCCUGAACUUGUCAGGACUGGAUGUUGGGGAAGGGAAGGCACAAGUGCAUGCUGAGCUCCCAGGUAGCGUGAAGAACCCCUCCACCCCCACCAGUUCAGAUGAGAACCCCUCUAUACAGGGAGAUGUGACAAGUCCCAAAACAUCCCAAACGCCUGAGACAGACCCUAACAAGACAACGUGCGAGCCCUGUAAGAUCACCUUUAGUCGUACCGAGACCUACAUGGUUCAUAAGCAGUAUUACUGCGCCACGCGUCAUGACCCGCCCAUGAAACGAGUGCAUGGAAACAAACUGCCCGCCACCCAGAGAAUGGUUCGUACGCGGAAACGGAGGAAGGACUUAGAAAUUAGUGUUCCCGACCAUGAACAACAGAGGCCUCCCAUGAGUCAUCAGCCACAUUACUUUGGGAUAGCAUCCAUUGGAGGGCGAGGCAUGUACCAAGACCCAGGGAAGAUGUAUGGUAACCAGUUUCACCCCAGUUACAACUUGUUUCUUGGCAUGGUUCCUAAGAAUCCAGAGGCUAAUCUCCCUGUCACUAAAUCAGCUCUGAUCUCUCAGUGCAACGCCAUAGCUCAAGAUGAUCGGGACAGCCCUAUCGAUCUUAGUAAAAAGUGUUUAUCAUCAAGCCCUGGUAAAUUAUCGACCGCUCCUAAAAGACUCACGGACUAUCACGAGUGCACAGAGUGCAAGAUCAGCUUCAACAAAGUGGAAGACUACCUUACGCACAAACUGAGCUCUUGCCCCAUCACUGCUCCAGAUCACAAAAUAUCUGAGGUUGUAAAAAGAGAAGGGUUUAACAACCCACUAGAUGACAACGAUACAAACCUGGAGAAAUGUGUCACCAAUGGAGCCAAUAAGGUGUCUUUUCAAACAGGUAGCACUAAGGGGGAACAGCUCGCUGUCAUCAAAGAGGAAAGCAGGGACCAGUUCCUGUCCCAAGAAUUUAACCCUCCAUUAUUUAAGAAAAUUCGACCUGGUGAACAGAUUUCACCCUUUUAUGGAAUCAAGCCUGCCGACUACACCACAGGUACAGUGGUGAUGCAGAGAGAGCUCAGCGAGCAGAGACAGAGCCCCAAUGAAGGGAGUGAGGUGGAAAAAGAUCAGCCUAUGCCUGAUGGCUACCAGGAAACACAAGGUGUAUUGCCCCAAAACGGCUGCCAGGAGCCUGAGAACACAGAGAACACACUCCAGGACAACAAGCUUGUUAAUUCCCAUCUCCCAGACAGCCAAGUAUCAUCCUUGUCAGAUUCAGACAGUCUUGUCAUUGUCAACCCCAAGAACAGCACUUCCUCAUCCUGGUCCUCCCCAGCAGUGUCUAAGACAGAGGAGGUCCUACCUUCCUGUGUGAAAAGAAGCCUAAACGGCUCCACCCAGGCAACACAGGGUAACGUCAAAUACUGCCGUCCCUGCGACAUCCAGUUCAACAACCUGUCCAACUUCAUAACGCACAAGAAGUUCUACUGCUCGUCACACACCGCCGAACACGUCAAAUGAGUUUGGUUCGGUGCCCAGUCUCUCUCCUCCUAAACCUGCCUCACACAGGGUAAAUACAGCACUGCUGGUAGACAAUCAAGAGUAGCAUCUCCUUCAGUUUAAUAAUGCAAACAUGUUUGUGGGACAAAAUAAAUGUGUCAUCCUUUCCCGGUAUGUGAUUGAUUGAUUUAAUUUGAAAAAUACUUCCACUGUUAAGAUUUUAAUUGAUAUUUAAUUGAAAAAAAGUUAUAUUUAAAGCCGUGUGUCAUACGCACAGAGAAUUUUUGACUUUUGAAUGCAUAUUUAUAUAUUGAUUAUGAAGAGAGGUACAACAAACGAUUUGGGGUUGAAAAGCCUCAAACACUAGUCUAUCUGUACAGAUUUUUAUUUUAGUAUGUUUACCAUCAUUAGGUGAUACAAGAAUCGUGUUUUUGAAAUUAUAGGACAUGUUUGUUAAUCUUAUAUUUCAGUGUAGAACUUUGUCAUGUACUUAUGUGUAAAUUUUAGCUUGUAUAUUCAUUUAAAUGUCUGAUUUUACUCUGAUGCAAAACUUGUUUUUAAGUGUACCUUUGAUUUUGCUCUCCUUUUAUAUCUCUAUUAAAAAGUGAAUUCACAUUUUUAUUUUGUCUGAUUUGAUGAAUUGUUGAUAAAAUGUUUGAGUAUUGACCAUGAAGGUUGGGUGAUGUGAUCGUUCCAAUGUCAAAAAAAUACAUUGUUAAAAUGUGUUGCUAUGCAUGCCUGUGUUCGGAAUGAAAUUCCUCAAAAUGUUUGAUAUUUUUACUUAAUGUGUUGUGGAAAUUUGAAUAAAAAUCUCAGGCACAA